CAAGGUGUUGUCAGAGACAUAAAGACCAGAGGGGGUUUGCUGGGAUGAUGGUCCCAGCUGUUCUUCACUUCUCUUGGAAUAUCCAGUGUUUCCUCGUGGAGGGUUCGAUUGAGUCGGUAAGGCUUUGCUCAAACGCCAACACAUUCAACUGUACACCUUUUCCAUAAUAUGGCUGUCAAACGAAGUUUCGGGCUCGAUUCCAAAGCGAUCCAGGGGUCCUUGUCAGACACCCACCGCAACUACCUCGUCAUCUUCCUGUCCGAGCUGGCCGGUACUUUCUUGUUUCUCUUCUUCGCUUUUUCCAUUGCCCAGGUCGCCAAUACGCCGGUACCCGAUAACCCCAACGGGCCACCCAACCUGUUGGCCGUCCUAUUCAUCGCCCUCGGCUUUGGCUGCUCUGUCGCUGUCAAUGUCUGGCUGUUCUAUCGUAUCAGUGGAGGAAUGUUCAACCCUGCGAUCGCCCUCACGCUUGUCCUUAUUGGGGCAAUCCCUGCCUCUCGAGGUGUUGUAGUCUUUGUGGCACAGAUGAUCGGCGCUAUUGCAGCUGCCGCGGCCGUGUCAGCGACUCUGCCGGGGCCUAUGGCCGUCAAUGUGAGGCUAGGUGGUGACGCCUCCGUGGCACGGGGCUUGUUCGUCGAAAUGUUCGCAACCCUGCAAUUGGUUUUCAGUGUCGUCAUGCUGGCUGCAGUCAAACACAAGGCGACGUAUCUGGCCCCAAUUGGUAUUGGUAUUGCCACCUUCAUUGGUCAUAUGUGCAGCAUCUACUACACUGGAGCAGGAAUGAAUCCAGCUCGAGCAUUUGCCCCGGACGUCGUCGCUCAUAGUUUCCCAAGUUACCAGUGGAUAUACUGGCUAGGACCGGCGUUGGGGGCCCUUGUGGCCGCAGGAUACUAUCGCCUUUUGGAGCUGCUCAACUGGAUGACAGCCAAUCCAGGACAGGACUACGACGACCUUGAGACUCAGAUAGUCGAACCGUGGAAGUCAACGCUCCGGCCUAAUGUCGCUUUACAGCAGGCCAGCGGCAGGCCAUUGUUGAGGUCAUCGACUGAUAAGGAGGUGAAAGUGUCAUCUCCGGCACAGGCUGAACGUGACUAGGCGGCUUCCUGAGAACAUACUCUGGCACGAGACCGUAACUGUUGGGGGUCUUCUCAAAGUCAGCAUGUAUUGUUCGACUGUGAUGGAGGAGCUAGUCGUCUCAAAGCAGUUGAGAGGCUAGCAAGGAAUGGAGAGAGUGAUAAUCAUGGCUGGUGUGCCGGGACUUGGAAAAGUUGCAGAUUGAAAGAGAUCUACAAGGAAGAGUUGUCAGGACACAAGAACAGGUUGUACAUAAUCUGGAUGUACAGAAUCCUUGAAUGUCAGUGAAUGUGACAACGGUAUGAGGGAGAGAGAAUGCUGUAUAUGCUUGCUCAAUCGUAGACAAACUAUAAGGUUUUAUAUUGGACGACUGC